CUUCCGCCAUCACCAGUCCACUCCACCAGCCCAUCCCGCAACCCACCAUCGCUCCGCUCGCCAUGGCGAAGACCACGCAACCCUCCUCCCGUGACCGGGAGCCCCUGCUCCCGUCCUCCGCCUCCCCGCCGCCCUACCUCGACCCGCAUCCCGCCGACUCCUACGCCGUCCUCCUCGUCCCCGUCCGCCUCCGCCGCCGCCUGCGCCGCGGCUGCGGCUGCCGCUGCCACUGCCUCGCCCCCCUCCUAUCCUCCCUUGCGCUCCUCGCGCUGGCCGGUUUCCUCCUCUGGCCCGCCGACCCGGACAUCAGGAUCGCGCGCCUCCGCCUCGCGCACGUCUCCGUCGCGGCCCGCCCUGCCGUCGCUGUCACUAUCUCCACUUUGCUCAAGGUCCGCGUCCGCAACCCAGACCUCUUCGCUCUCGACUACACCCGCCUCGACGUCUCCAUUGGCUACCGCGGCGCUCCACUGGGGCGGGUCACAUCCGGCGGGGGCCGCGUCCGCGCGCGCGCUGUGUCGUACAUCGACGCCGAUCUCCACCUCGACGGCAUACGUGUGGUAGAGGACGCGAUCUACCUCCUCGAGGACCUCUCGCGGGGAUCUGUGCCCUUCGACACCGUCGCCGAGGUCGAGGGCCACCUCCACUUCUUCUUCCUCAGCAUUCCCGUCAAGGGGACAAUAUCUUGUGUGGUGCAUGUUAAUCCACAUAAUCAAACCAUAGUACAUCAGGACUGCUAUCCAGAGUGAAUUGCAGUGGCGUCGAAGCUAUCUUCUCUUGCGAACAGAUCAUUUCUAAGCUUUGCUUGGAGUCCUUGUUGUAAAAUUCAAUCCAUUGGCCAUGGAUGUACGUGUGCAAAAACGAUACUGGGAGAUAGGCCUGAUGUAAAUUUGUUAGCAGGCCGGAACAGCUUACUUUAAAUCCAUUUUAAUAGUAAUCAGUUCACCUAAGAGAAAA